AUUUAGGCACAUUUACAAUUUCUCGCGAGAGAUCUCCGCCAUUUUUAUGACUUCCUCGUUUGUUGAUUGAUUUGUCAAAAAUGAAAACCCGUUUUUCUUGACAGUUUGCAAUGUAGUGUAAAUUUUCAAGAUGCCGUUUAUACAGCGGAUAGUUGAUCCAAUCCACGUGAGUCGCGUGGAAGUGGACAAAUCUGUAACUAAUGAACUGGAAUGUGUAACAAAUCAUUCACUUGCAAACAUUAUACGACAGUUAAGUUCCCUGAGUCAGCAUGCUGAGGAUAUGUUUGCUGAUCUAUAUAGGGAAACUACUACAUUCUUCAACAGGGCCAGUGAACUUAACAACAGAGUCGAGCAUUUACGAAUUAAAGUCACACAGCUUAACCCAACAGAAGAAGAAGUGUCAUUGCAAGACAUUCACUUACGAAAGCCUUACCAGAGUUCCAAGCAGCAUGAUCAGCAGGUUGUGUCGCGUAUCACGAUACCAAAGGCUAUACAAGAUGUCUAUAACAGAUGCGAGAAACCCCCUGCCUUAGAUAAACUCAAUGUCUACAGAGAGGAUGGAAAAGACUGCAUGAAAUUCUAUACAGAUCCUUCCUACUUCUUUGAAUUAUGGUACUCUGAAAUAAAGAAAGAUAUGGAAAACAGGAAGAAGGAUUUGAAGGCAAAACGACAGAAAAAAGGACGAUCACCUGCGGGUCAUAAGCCAGUCAAACCGAAGCAGAUACAGUCAAAAGCAGACAAAUUCAAAGAUAUGAGUAUGGGGACAGAAUUUCGCAGUGAUUACAAUGUACCAGUAACAAGACCAAGUGCUGGUAUUGGACAUGAGGUACCACCUGGAUACACAAGACAAAACUCAACCGGAACUCGACCGGAACAGCUCAGUGUCAGACAUGAUCAUACUGGACAGACACACUUACCAGAACAGAUGAGCAAUCAUAUAGAUAACCAAAUGAAUGGACCCUAUAACAUUCAUCCUCAGUAUCAAAUUGAUCAGCAGGACCCCAAUUCACAGCUUCAGUAUCGUGGGUCUCAGAAGAUGCAUCCAGCUCAAAAUCAAAAUCAGUCUCCUCGGGACAAACGACAGUCACAGAAAGCAGGAAAUAUGGCUAGUCCGAAUAGACCAAAUGUUGCUCCUCCCCCUCCUCCGCCUAUGGAUCAAGGUUAUAUUCAAAGGGGAGAUAGGGUCAGUAUGUCUCCACAGAGGGAGAGUUUGCCACCUCCCCCACCCCCACCUCCACUAGAGAAUGGUUAUCCAAAUACUCCUCAGAUGAGGAACCCUCAGUUACAGAAUAUAGGCUACCCAAGUGGUUCUCCUAGACACAUGUCCCCAGUAAGGGACUCUGAACUGCCUCCGCCUCCACCUCCUCCAAUGUCACCAGAUACCCCAGAGAUGCCCCCACCCCCUCCUCCACCCCAAAGCGGACAGCAAAACAUCCCUCCUCCACCUCCACCCCUACAGCAGCCUGGUGCUCCGGCUGCACCUCCUCCUCCGCCUCCACCACCUCCUGCCCCCAUGGCUCCCCCUCCAUUUAUGAAUGGACAGCCAGACACAAUGUCAGUUUCGUCAGAGAAUAGUACAUACUCGAGCACAGCUAGUGCACGGGAAGUGGAGGUUCCUCCAGAACCACCAAAGAUGGCAGCAAGAAAUGCUCUUUUAGAUGAGAUUCGCCUUGGUGACUGGAACAAAAAAUUGAGGAAAACAGAAGAGAAGAAGCAGGAAACAGUGUCGCAGAACAGAUUUGAUGUGCAUGCAGUGAUGACUAGAGCAUUUGACAUGCGUAGAAAAGCUGUGGAGGACAGCGAGUCUGAGGAUGAUGAUGAUGAUGAUGGUGAUGACUGGGGAGAUUAAUGAAGAUGUUUCUUUAGAACUGAUUGAAGUAUGAACAAGUUAUUCAGCGAGUUAGAGGGAUAGACUACCAUUCAGAUAAUGAACUGAGCUAGAUAUUCCAAUCAAGUGUGAUAAACAUUAGUUUGACACAAAGGAAAAACACUUCGAUGUGUUGCACUGCAUGCAAGAAGGCUGUAACCAAGGUUUAAUUGGAUAUUUGGAAAUGAGGACAUAUUAUAUAUUGUAUAUUUUGGGAGAUAUCUAAGCUAUAUAUAACACAUUAAUUUAUCAAAGUAAGAAUUGUAAUCAGGCUAGUUCAUUCAUUUUAUUUGUCACCAUUACUGAAGGGUUUGCUAUUUUUAACCUUUACCCUGCUAAAUUUCUAAAAUGGACUGGCCUACCAUUCAAUUUGGGCAGUACCGUUUAUUAUUCAAAGGGGUGUUCACUGAAAAUUUACUGACUGAAUAGCAAACAGGCUGGUCUUGGUCUGCACUGGUCACAAAGGCAGAAUCACUUGCCACCAGCAGGCUAAAGGUUAAGAUUCUUUAUUUCUAAAAAAUUUCAAACAUCCAACUGUGUUGUGAUAGACAAAUUGGGGUAAAUAAAGAGAAUUUGAUCCUUCAUUUUGUUGAAGGUAAUUGUUCCAAACUUUAUAAUGUUCUAAUCAUAUAGUAAGUUAUAGUCAGUAGGAUCUAGGCCAUGCUUGUGUUUACUUUCUGGGACAGCAUUGCCUUACAGUGAUAUUUCCACAAGAAAUAAGUGAUGUGUUAAUGCCAGAUUGGUAAAAUAUCUGUUUAUCUUGUAUGUGUAACAUGCUGUGCAUGAAGGGAUUAUAUCUUGUUGUUUAGCAUUGUAUAUUCUUGGUUACUGGGUAACUUUAGCUAAGAUUUUUUCAGUUACUUGCCAGUGAUGGCAGAAAAAUCUAACACAGAGUAUAUCUUAUAACAUCUGUUUCAUACAUCCAACACUACACAUGUCAAUGUGGCUAGUUCUGUAUCACUAAUUACAACAUCAUCCAACAGUCAUUGUAGGCACAAUGAUAAACUUUCAUACAGUAGAAGUAUAUACUAUACUUAGCCAUCAUGCAUUUAUCAUGAUAAAUCUUCACCAGUGGUCAGGGAAAAACAAGUGACAGAAAAAUGGAAAACUGAGUUAUAGUAUAUAAAGGGAUGGGGGUUUAGUCAUUAUGGGGUCGCAUCCAAACCCUCUCAUAUGACACCAACACUGGAUUUCAAAGAAGCAAACUCGAAAGUUGUUCAGAUAAGCUAGAAACUUUAACCAUAAUCAAGCUAAAAUUAACCAGUAUAUAAACUAAAGCAAAGGAAUAAACUGAGUUUGAAGACCAGUCUUUGAAUGCUGCUCUGCAAUUGGUCAUUUUGAGAACUAUGCUCAGAAUCGGCCAAUCAGAAACUGGAGUUUACAGACUGGUCUCCAAAUUGAGCUUUAUAAUCUGUGUCACUGUCUGCAGAACAUACAGUUAGGAGACUGUGGUGGUUUGAAUACGAUGGUACUGUAUCUGUAUAAACCAUUUAGGACUUGGUUUUGUUGUAAGCUGCUACUAACAAUCAAAAUAAUAAAUACAAGCAAUGAAACUGUGUUCACAUACAUUGAUUGUUCUCUAAUACUUGUUAGUACUUGCAUUGUUGUCAAAAAGAUUUUAAUUUUUUGUGGGUGUUUUAUGUGAGUGACUUUCCCAGCUUGUCAGUUUUGAAUUUGGUGGAAGACAGAAGGUGUUCCUCCAGGCAAUGCUUCAGACUUGUGUGUGGACCCAAGUAGAACCACCGACCUUCUGUAAGCCAGCUGGAUGACUUUCUUACUUUGUAGAAUUGUUCACACCAAGUGAGGUUUUGAACUUGCAUUUGUAAGGAGCAAGUGAUUUGAAGUUGACAACUUUAACCACUUGGCCACAGAAGGCCCCUUUAAAUGGAAGCAAGUUAAAUAUUGUUCUUUCAGUAACUACAAAAACCAAAGAAAAAAUGGGUUGUAAAAAUAUAUAAGAAAAAUAUAAUAUAUCAUGUACUUCACAAGCUUAAAUCUCUUCACCUACUUACAGGGCAUUUGUAUUGUAUUAUAUAGGCUGUUUUGUAUUAUUCAUAAAGAUGCUUUAAAUAAUAAGGGUUUUAGUUUAUAUAUACAUAUUUUGUUUUAAAAAUGAAGUUAAAUUAAAAAAAGUAGGCAUAAACCUUAAAGAAAUAUAAAUAAUACUACAGUCCUUAUUUCAAGGAUAUUGUAUAAUUGGCUGUCAUACACACAUCCAGUAUGUCUACUCUUAAUUAAUAUACGUACUUCUGUCAAAUAAUCUGCUUUUAUAUUCUUCAUUGUUAUCUUCAACCAUAUUCACAGGACAUGUAUGUGAUAUUUGGAAAAUGUUUUUAUCGGCAUGAACAUUCUAAAUUUUGUUAAGAAAUAACAAUCUUAUUACUUAGAACAAGCUGUCAUCAGAUUUGUUUUGCUUAUUCAAAAUUGGAAUUAUUCAAUUCUGUUUUCAUAUCUGGUUUUAAGUGUGUUUUUUUUAGGCCCCCGAAGGGAGGCAUAUAGUUUUUGAACUGUCUGUCGGUCUGUCAGUCUGUCCGCAAUUUUCGUGUCCGGUCCAUAUCUUUGUCAUUGAUGGAUGGAUUUUCAAAUAACUUGGCAUGAAUGUGUACCACAGUAAGACGACGUGUCGCGCGCAAGACCCAGGUCCGUAGCUCAAAAGUCAAGGUCACAGACAUUAAAGGAUAGUGAAUUGAUGGGCGUGUCCGGUCCAUAUCUUUGUCAUUGAUGGAUGGAUUUUCAAGUAACUUGGCAUGAAUGUGUACCACAGUAAGAUGACGUGUCACGCGCAAGACCCAGGUCCGUAGCUCAAAGGUCAAGGUCACACUUAGACUUUAAAGGAUAGUGCGUUGAUGGGCGUGUCCGGUCCAUAUCUUUGUCAUCCAUGGAUGGAUUUUCAAAUAACUUGGCAUGAAUGUGUACCACAGCAAGAGGACGUGUCGCGCGCAAGACCCAGGUCUGUAGCUCAAAGGUCAAGGUCACACUUAGACAUUAAAGGAUAGUGCAUUGAUGGGCGUGUCCGGUCCAUAUCUUUGUCAUUGAUGGAUGGAUUUUCAAGUAACUUGGCAUGAAUGUGUACCACAGUAAGAUGACGUGUCACGCGCAAGACCCAGGUCCGUAGCUCAAAGGUCAAGGUCACACUUAGACUUUAAAGGAUAGUGCGUUGAUGGGCGUGUCCGGUCCAUAUCUUUGUCAUCCAUGGAUGGAUUUUCAAAUAACUUGGCAUGAAUGUGUACCACAGCAAGAGGACGUGUCGCGCGCAAGACCCAGGUCUGUAGCUCAAAGGUCAAGGUCACACUUAGACGUUAAAGGAUAGUGCAUUGAUUGGCGUGUCCGGUCCAAAGUGCCAUCGGGUGGCAUGUGUCAUCCUAUGGAGACAGCUCUUGUUCUGUAAGGAAAGAACUGCCACGUUGAAGUAUUAGUGAAUUUAUUUCAUAGAAAGUGUCUUCCUUCAUUAAAAAAAGAAAUGUCAUUUAUAGUGCACAAACAUACGGUAGUUAAAUCAUGUUUAUAUUAACUGUAAAUAUUUAUUAUUGUAGUUAACUAUUUCAUUAAAAGUGCAAUAUGUUUGUGUUGAGACCUGGUAUAUCGUCUCCGAGUGUGGAAACUGUUUUCAUUGUGAACUUUGGUCAAGAUACUAAAAAUAUAUAAUAAACAUUAGCUGUAAAUAGCUUUGAUUGACACUGUUUGAAAUUUUUGUAAAAUUUAUUUGCGAUAAAUUGUUCCUGUAACUGGUUUAUAAUUAGAAUUUCCCUGUCAUAGAUACAUCCUUUUUCUGCAUGAUACUACUGGUAAGUCAGUGAGAGCAUAAUUUACACAUGCCAUCCAGUGAAACAUUAUUUACACCAAGUAUCUUUUUAAUAAAUAUUUACGGGCUGGUAGGCAGUACUUAGGUGCCUAAGAUGUUUACCGUAGAUGUUUGCAUAAUUCUUUUCAUACUUGCAUGUUUACAUUCUCCUAAUUUGUUCCAUUAAAAAGUGAAGUUCAUUUUGUAUAAAGGGCAAAAGGAAAGGUGCCAAAGUUAUGGUAACACCACUUAUUGAUAAUGGGCCUUAUUUUGUUGAUGUUCACAUGUAAUACCGAAGAUUCUGUUGCCAUUGUUUGGUCUUGUGAACUGAAUGACUUAGAAGUAGUUUUAUUGUUAGAUACAACAAAGUAUGUACAAUAUAUCAAAAGAACUUGUUAACAAAUGACAAGAAAAUAUAUUGUAUAAAUGUUAGAAAUGAUAUUAUUUUUUCUGACUUAAUGCAAAACAACAUAGUAUGAUUGACAGAUUGACCAGGAGUCACAAACAGAAUUCAUGAAUUUGCCAGUUGUAUUCUGUUGUUAAUUUCAUAUGAACUUAAAAAAAAAUAAGAGUACUGUAAAAUCGUUUAAUUUCGUGGGCAUAAAAUUUUGUGGUUUUGGUCAAAACGGCAAUUUCAUGGGGAUAUGAAUUCGUGGAUUUCAACUUUUGAACAUAAGAUGAAUGGGAAUUUUACUUGUUCGUUUGGAUUAAAUUUCAUGGAUUGACUCGACCACAAAAUCCAGAAAAAUCAGUCCCCACGAAUAUUAAUGAUUUCACAGUAAAUAUGAGUAUUAAAUAAAAAAAAUCAUGUUAAGCUUCGUAUUUAGGAACAUGCAGUUGAAUCUAAGUUACCUGUAAAAAUGUACUUUAAUAUUCAGAGAUGAUAUACUAGAGUCUGCCUUUUGUACAAAAUUUCUGGGAAUUGUUUGUAUUAUAAUAACUAUUUUUUGUACGUAGGAAAUCAGACGUGUAGAAAGUGAUGUAAUAUACAAUAGUUAGAUGUAGUUUGUACAUAGUAUCUCAAAAUAACAGUAUAUGUACUGUACAUUGUACUUUCACAGCACACAGUUUUAUAUUCCAGUUUCCACUCACCUUAUUUAAAACUCUAUUAACUAAUUAAUCGAAGAUGGAGGGGAUAUUGAACAAGAGCUUGGCUUAUUUCACUAAAGGUUACAGUAAACAUUCAAAAGUAAUAAACUUGUACUUGUGCUUCAAUAGAUAGAGUUUUUUUUUCUCCUAUGUUUUAUUUUAUAUGUUGGUAUAGCAGUCUUAUUCGGGUUGUUAAGAAUUUGCUACUUGUAAUUAGUUAUUUUUUUACACGCUUUAAUUUGGUGAGUCACAUAGUGUAUGAGUAUGUUUAAUUAGAAGAUAUUAGUGCAAGCUCUUAGUUCAGCCUUGAAGUAACUUUUGGUGUAUAGGUCGAGUCUUGUAGGAAUAUAUUAGAGCCGCACCAUGAGAAAACCAACAUAGUGCAUCUGCGCAGUCUGGUCAGAAUCCAUGCUGUUCGCUUUCAAAGCUUAUUGCAAUUAAAGAAACUGUUAGCGAACAGGCUGGUCUGGAUCCAUGCUGGUCGCAAAUGCACUAUGUUGCUCUUUUCAUGGUGCGGCUCAUUUGUACAUUAUAUACUAAUUUGGUGCCAUGUGUGUUUUGUAGAAUCUCGGGUUAAAAUAGGGUCAACACUUGAGGUCAAGGUCUAUAGGGCACUAAAAUAUACAUUUUGGUACUGAAAACUUACAUAACUUUGUUAUCAACUCCUACUGCUAUCUGUUUUUAUCAUCAACUCACACGGCAGUUCUGUCAGUUCAAAUUUCUAUGCUGUCAACUGCAUAUAUAUCAACUCACAUAGUAAUCUGUUAACGAAAGUGUUUUAAAAUCAUUGAAUUAUAUUUCUAUUUAAUUUAAGGUAGUGCACACAUAAUGGCAAUUGGUGAUUUCCAUGCAAUAGCAUAUUCUCGUAAGUAUUUGGCAUUCUUUGGCUGUUAAGGUAGCUCUACGGGCAACUACACAACUUCCUGUAACAAAAGGAAAAUGGCAAAAUUGUGUGCAGAGAAUUUAUGAUUAUGGAAUUUGCUUUCAUUGCUAUGGAUAUGUACCUGAAGUUGAUCGAUCAUGUUGGAAAAAAAAAUGAUGGAAUAUACUUGAACUCUAAGCCAUCAGUAAAGAGAUUAUGCUGGCUUUUCUGCAGUGUUUACUCAUUUUUUGGUUUUCAUUACAUUCGUUACAUUUUUAGUUUGUUGUUCCAGACUAUAUUAACAACAACAAGAAAUGAUAAAUAUAUAUAUUCCUGUAAGGACUUGUGUCAUUUACAGUAAAAAUUUGACCAGUCAAUUCAUGCAGCUAAUUGGAAAAGUACUGCUUUAAUGUUGUGUGAUUAUGUUUAUUCAUGUUUCUAUGGAUAUUGGUCGAGUUUCGUGUACGUUUGUCUUGCUCUUGCCCUUCAGUGAGAGAUUGCACACUAUUACUGCUAUUGUGUCGCUUUUAUAUUUGAUUUGUUCAAAAGGUAUAAUGUUUUAUUGCUGUCUCUUCUACUCACAUGAUAGAGAAAUUUUGGCUGUGUAAGGCUUUCGACAACAAUUGAAAUAUUGGUAGUUAUGUUUUUGUUCAACAUGUAAGUAAACUUCCAAUUCUUGUCUGAUGGAGAAGUUCAAAACUAUAUAUAUAGCACAAUUUAGUUGCUGGAGUUUGCUUAAAUAAGCACAGUUGAAUUGUACUUAAGUCUGGUUUUGUAGAAAGCAAGAAAUAAUGCCAUGCAGGAACAAAGUAUUGUUGGAUUUCACUGUCAAGUAAGGCACACAGUUAAGACAAGCAAAAUACAGACAAAUUGCUAAGGGCAUUGUUAACCUAUGGAGCGAAAGUCACUCUAUUAUUGUCAUGUUUUUAUGUUAAAGAUGAUGUGAAGUGAAUGAUAUGCUGUUGUUGUGAAUAAUUUUUUUUCUGGUUUGGUUUUGUCAAGGAUUUAUAUGCAAACAACUUUUUUUACACAAAACAAAAUUGUAUCUUUUAUCAUGAAUGUUUAUUAACCUCACUGAAAUAUUAUUACAGAUGUUUGGUAAUAGUAUAUAUUAUCAAGUAUUUAUGUGCAUUUCAGUUUUGUAGCCAAUUUAGACAUUAUUUUUCAAGUGGAUUGUGUAGGAAUGGUGUAUCAUCAAAGAAUAUUGAUUAAAUCACUUGGUAAUGUUUCGCACGUUAGAAUAUUUAGAGAGAAAAAACUGUUAUGUCAGAAGAUCUGAAGAAGUUAUUUAGGCUUUUGUUUUGGAGUAUUCCAGGGCCAGUUUUUUUUGUGAUUUUGGUUUACUUUUCAAAUACUAAGUUGUUUGAAUGUAAUACUUUAUAUGAUAGAAGAUAGUAGAGUAUUUCCAUUAUUAAUAUAUUUGUAUUAAUAUAUUUUACAUUUUAAAGUACACAGAUAUUUAAAAUGCAUCAAGUGCUCCAUCAACCAUUCCUACCCAAUGUUUUAAUUAAGAUCUUGAUUUUUAUUACUCUGUACAUGUAUAGUACUGUACAUGUAUGUCUGUGUAAAGCAUUAUGUCAUUUUUCUGAAACGUGUAAAACCAAAAUUGUGAUAUGAACAUAUAUGUAAUUGUGUCUUGUUUCCAAUGUUUUUGCUUCUAGAGUCGUCAUCUCCAUUUUCCUUACCCAUUCAUCUUGUGCUCAUACUUUAUUCAAAAUAUAUACACUAUAUCAUUAUUUCCUAAAAAAUCAGCAAUAAAAUAGUCUGCUUUUAUGGAA